AUGGCCUUGACUCGUGAAGAACGACUUAAAUUGGCAGACAUUGACCCCGAGCUUGCCGAAACCCUCAAGAAAAUCACCAUACCUGCCCCAAGCCCCGAUGCAGAACCAGCAAGGAUCAUCGCAGGAAUACGCGCAUACAUGAAAAGCCAACAUAAACCCGCAGACCCAGACAGCGGCGUCAUCGAACAUGACAUUUUCUAUUCCGCUCGCGAUGGUCAUCAACUACGUGCUCGCGUGUUCAGACCUGCAGCAGCCGUUCAGGACGAGGACGCUCUGCCACUGGUAGUGUACUACCACGGCGGAGGAUGGACAAUCGGCUCCCCCGAAGAUGCGGCACCAUCAUGCCGAAACCUCGUGCAAACUCUCAGCGUAGUCUGCAUUGCGCCGUCGUAUCGACAGGGUCCUGAGGAUCCGUUUCCGGCUGGUAUCAAUGAUGCAUGGGAUGGAUUAAAAUGGAUUGCGCUUUACGCAGAGUCUGAGUUAGCUGCUACUGGCACUCCAGUCUCAUUGUCGACUGGGUUUGUGGUUGGCGGGUCCUCGGCUGGAGGUUCGAUGGCAGCUAUUCUGGCCCAUCUAGCACGCGAUGAGAAAGAAAGCAUCGCUGCGCCCAUCACGGGAUGCUUCCUUCUCUCGCCUAUGAUUCUACCGCCUGAGACGUUCGAGACUCUGCCGGCGGAUUGGAAAUACAAGGACUCUUACCUCUCGCGCACACAGGAAGCCUGCCAACACGAUCCCAUCCUGACCCCUCAGAUGGAAAAGAUCUUUCACGAUUCGGCGGCCGGAGAUUUCACUUCUCCAAUGUUCGUCCCUUUCAUCUGGCCAACAGGCCAUGCGAACUUGCCGCGGACAUACUUUCAAGUCUGUGGUAUGGACAUUGUGCGUGAUGAGGAGUUGAUUUAUGAGCAGGUGCUGAGAGAAGAGAAUGGGGUAGAGACGAGGCUGGAUGUUUAUCCGGGUAUGCCACAUACGUUCUGGAAUAUGUUUGGGAUGUUGACGCAGGGAAAGAAAGCCAAGAAAGAUUUCGAGGAGGGGAUGAAAUGGUUGUUGGGUCGUUUAGAAUGA